AUGUCGACAGCGACAGCAAACAAACCCCCGGCCACGGGCACCCCUGCACGCAGCACCCCCUCGAGAGUCUCACCGUCCUCGCCUGCUGCGGCAAACCGCACGCCUGCGCGCUCAUCCACGCCAACAACGAACGGCACCGCCACCGGCGUCAACAGGACACGAUCUGUGCGGUCAGGAGCCAACGGCGCGCCCGUUUCCGCACGUGCUGCCGUGAAGAAGCCAGCUCCGCCCUCGGCGCUGAGGAGGAACUCGUCGCAGGUCGACAGCCCCACCGAGGAGGACAGCGCCGCUGCAGACGAGCAGGCGGCCUUCCUGCAAAAUCUCAAGGAGCGCCUAUUGAAGGCGGAGACGGAGGCUGAAGAGCGCCAGAAGCAGAUCGAGGUGCUCAAUGCACGACUAGACGAUGCCCACGCCGAGCAGUCGAAGCUCGAGGAGCGCGCUCACGAGGAAGAGGAGAAGGUCGAGAGUCUGGAGAACGAGAAGAGAGAAAUCACACGGCAGCACAGAGAGCUCGAGGGCAUCUAUGAGGCCGAGCGUGCUCAGGCUAUGAAGGAGAAGGAGAGCACGCAGACACGCGAAGAAGAGCUGCAGCAGACGAUUCAACGCCUGAAGGAAACCAUGGCUACCAAGAACGUCCAGGGUGUUGAUGACGGCGAGGCCCCAUUGUCGCGUGCGUCGAGCUUCCGCAACAACCCCUCACGCACAAACUCGUCGCAGAAUCUCGAGAACUUUGCGCCGCCCAACUCGGUCCAGCGCAGCAACUCGCGCAACAACUCGAAGCUCAUCCACCAGAAGGACAAGAUCAUCGAAGAUCUGCGCCUCGAGCUCGCCGAAUACCAGGUCAAGAUGCUGGAGGUUGAGAAUGCCGGCGGUGGCCGCACACGCGAGCUGGAAAAGCAGCUCCUUGAGACGCGCAUGACCAACGCCAGGCUGAUGGAAGACAACGAGAGCUUCCAGCUGCUGCUUGGCGAGAAGACACUGAACGGCGAUCUGAGCCGCGGUGACUUCCUGCGCGAGUCUUCUCACACUGAAGACCGCGCACCCUCCCGCAACGGCCCGUCCACCAGUUUGGCGGACGAACUCGAGUCUGCCGAGGAGGCGCCUGAUGUUGAGCUCGUUCGCAAGCUCGAAGCCGAGGUCAACAGCAUGAAGGAUCAGAACAAGGCCCUGACGCUCUACAUCAACAAGAUCAUCGGCCGUCUGCUCACACACCAGGGCUUCGAGUCUGUACUAGGCAACGACCUCGAUGACUCUGCUAAGCCCAACACCAACAAGGACCUUCCCCCACCGCCGCCAGAGAAGGAAAGCGAAGCACCAGCCGGCUUCCUCCAGCGUGCCAAAUCCGUCGUCGGCGCAGGUCCACGCAAACAACGCCCAACAUCCAUCAUGGGCCCGCCGACCUCUGCAGCAGCAGUCCACGAAGACCCCAGCACCGCGCCCAGCAUCCCCAUCUCGCAGCGCGCCCCAAGCGGCGGCAACCCUCACAGAAGGAGCGCCUCGAUCCUGCCCGACGCUGCGAACAUAGUAAACACAAUGUACCGCAUGCCCCCACCAGCCGCAACACCCGGCCAAACAUCUCCCGGUCUAGUGAGCCCCAGGAACUCAUUCUUCGGGAUUCCCAUCGCAGGCCAAAAUACUAGCAACCCGACCUCGCGCGCCGCAUCGGGCCAACAGAAUAUCCCCGAGGACCGCGAAAUCGACACGGCGAGUGUCAUGAGCGGCACGACCACGACCUCGGGCGGCGCAAGCGGGCACGUCGACACUCCUUCCCCUCCGCGCGGCAGGCUAGAGCGCAGCGACACGUCCGGUCCCAUGACGGGCAAGGGCAUGCGCCCCCUGCGCCUGGUACAGAACGAGGAAGAAGCAAGCAAGGCGCGCAAAGCCGCGAACCGACAGAGUUGGUUCGGCGGGCUAUUCGGCGCCUCGAACCCCGCAAACGCCCAGCAGCAGCAGCAGGAGUAG